AUGCCUUCCUACUAUAUCACCAACCCAAACGUUGGGAACAAGGAGUCUUCCGAAGAUUGGCGAAUUAGAGGCUACAACCCCCUCACACCUCCGGACCUCCUUCAGCAUGAGAUUCCCCAGACCCCUUCUAGCAAAUCCACGGUCCUUCAAGGCCGUGCCGACUGCGAAUCCGUCGUCCAAGACAUGGAUCCCCUGCGUCGUCUCCUUGUGAUAAUCGGCCCUUGUAGCAUCCAUGACCCAGUCUCCGCGCUCGAAUAUUGCGAUCGCCUACUCAAGAUGAAGGAGAAAUACAAAGACGAACUAGUUGUUGUGAUGAGGUCCUACUUGGAGAAACCGCGGACGACGGUGGGGUGGAAGGGAUUGAUUAACGACCCCGAGAUUGACGGCAGUUUCCUGAUAAAUAAAGGAUUGAGAUUGUCGAGGCAGUUGUUUGUGGACUUGACGUCGAAAGGGAUGCCGAUUGCGAGUGAGAUGCUGGAUACUAUUUCUCCCCAGUUCCUGGCCGAUCUACUCUCUAUCGGAGCCGUGGGCGCCAGGACGACGGAGAGUCAGUUGCAUAGAGAACUUGCAUCUGGUCUGAGUUUCCCCGUGGGCUUCAAGAACGGCACGGAUGGCACUCUCGGUGUGGCGAUCGAUGCGAUCGGCGCGGUGAAACAUCCUCAUCACUUCCUCUCGGUGACCAAACCUGGUGUUGUGGCGAUUGUCGGCACGGUGGGCAACGAAGAUUGCUUUGUCAUUCUACGGGGCGGCACUACAGGAACGAACUACGAUGCCGAGUCAAUAAAGAAAGCGAAAGAGAUGUUACGGAAAAAAGGCUUGAGGGAGCGAGUCAUGGUGGAUUGCAGUCAUGGGAACAGUGAGAAGCAGCACAAGAACCAGCCCAAAGUUGCAAAGGUCCUGGCAGACCAGAUUGCUUCAGGAGAGGAGGGAAUUAUGGGGGUCAUGAUCGAGAGCCAUAUCAAUGAAGGCAACCAAAAGGUGCCCCCGGAAGGCAAGUCGGGGCUGAAAUACGGUGUCUCCGUCACCGACGCAUGCAUAGGGUGGGAAGACACCGAGGUCGUGCUGGAGUCGCUUGCGGACGCAGUCAAAAGGCGGAGAGAGUUGCUGGGGAGGAAGGUAGUCAACGGAACCGCGCACGUAGCGCAGAAUGGCGAGAAUGGCCAUGCUUAA